GGGGAGACGCUCGCGAUCCGCCAGAAACAGAGAGCAGCAGCGCGAGGGGGGACUUUUCUUUUCCAUUUCUCUCGCCUUUAUUGGAGGAUUUUAACGCAUUUUUAUUAUUAUUACUAUUCGAUCUGCACCAAAGAGAGCGGGAGAAAAAAAAAAAAACACUUUGGAGAAAACACAAUGUCAGCGACCUUCCCCGGACUAGUCCACGACGCAGAGAUACGUCACGACGGAUCAAACAGCUACCGUCUCAUGCAGCUCGGGUGCCUGGAGUCCGUGGCCAACUCGUCGGUCGCCUACUCCUCCUCCUCUCCGCUCACCUACCCGGCUCCGGCUGGCACGGAGUUCGCCUCGCCGUACUUCUCCACCAACCACCAGUACACACCUCUCCAUCACCAGUCCUUCCACUACGAGUUCCAGCACUCCCACCCCGCCGUGGCUCCGGAGGCCUACGGGCUGAACUCGCUGCACUCCGGUCAGUACUACCAGCAGAUCCACCACGGAGAGCCCGCAGACUUCAUCAACCUGCACAAUGCGCGCUCGGCCCUCAAGUCCUCGUGCCUGGACGAGCAGCAGCGGCGCGAGCUGGGCUGCCUCGACGCUUACCGGCGCCAUGACCUCUCGCUGAUGACGUCACACGGAUCCCAGGCCUACGGCGUCGGGAUGCACCACGCGGACCAGAGGCUGCUGCCCGCCGCCGGCCUGGGGCUCCCAUCGUCCGGGUCGGACGACCUGCAGGGCUCCGUGGAAGCGCAGUGUGGGCUCGUGCUGAACGGCCAAGGGGGCGUCAUCCGGAGAGGGGGGACGUGCGUGGUGAAUCCUACAGAUCUGUUCUGCUCGGUACCGGGCCGCCUGUCGCUGCUCAGCUCCACCUCCAAGUACAAAGUCACCAUCGCCGAGGUGAAAAGAAGACUGUCCCCACCAGAGUGCCUCAACGCCUCCCUACUGGGCGGCAUACUGCGCAGAGCGAAGUCUAAGAACGGAGGCCGGUGUCUUCGUGAGAAAUUAGACCGUCUAGGCCUCAACCUGCCAGCAGGACGGAGGAAAGCUGCCAACGUCACACUGCUCACCUCCCUGGUGGAAGGUGAGGCGCUCCACCUGGCGAGGGACUUUGGCUACACCUGCGAGACAGAGUUCCCCAGUAAGGCGGUGGGGGAGCAUUUGGCGAGGCAGCACAGCGAGCCGAAAGAAACCAGCGCACGCAAGAAAAUGGUCCUGGCUACAAAGCAAAUCUGUAAGGAGUUCCAGGACUUAUUGAGCCAAGACCGCUCUCCUCUGGGCUCCUCCAGACCAACCCCCAUCCUGGACCUGGACAUCCAGAGACACCUCACACACUUCAGUCUGAUCACUCACGGAUUCGGCACGCCGGCGGUCUGUGCAGCUCUCAGCACCUUCCAGACGGUUCUGAGUGAGAUGCUCAACUACCUGGACAAGAACUCGAGCGGGAAGGCGAGCGGACCCAACGACCAACAGAUCAACAACAGCUCGGAAAAGACGCAGCUCCGGAAAACAGUCGAGCCCCAGAGCAAAGACGGGAAAACAGAAAAGACUGAGUAGCCCACACCCAGCCGGUCCCCGUGCCUUGGAGCGCUGCAUUUAGGAGUGUGCUUGUGUGUGUGUGUAUAAGUGUGUGUGUGUACUCUCAGAAAGGAUGUGUUAACUCCCAUUGCAUUAGUGUCUUCUUUGGGACAAUUCACAUUGAUUGUUAUUUAUUUAUCUGAUGUUGAAAUGUAACUCUAACCUGAACUGUCCCCGACAAGACGUCCUGAUGAGUCAGUGAACACAUCCUGUUUAAGUGUGUGUGUGUUCAUAUGUGUGUGUGUGUGUGUGUGUGUGUGUCAUGGCGAGGAGGAGCCUCGCCAUGGAGAUGGCCGUGACUCAUCCAAGACUUUUAUUUGUUUAUUUAUUAAUUCUGGAAAAACAGGAAAUAAACAUGGACAUGCUGAUCAUCACGGUUUUUCAGGACAGGGGUGGUAACUACCAACACAACAUAAAACACACACGUUAAUUAAGGGUUUGGGGUAAUUUGAUCUCAAUCCAGUUAAUCCAGUGUGGAUUUUCUGCAACAAUACAAGAACUGAAACACGUUUUUUGUCCUUUGGAGGUUUAUUUAACCUAUUUUGUAUUAAAUUAUUAAGAGAAAUCUCUGUCAUUGCAACACAAAGUUCUAGUUUUGUUUAAAUUCUCAGCCGACUGAAUUUAAAUAAUUUCACUUUCCAAACAUAUUUAACAGAUUAAAUUGAAAUAAAUGACCCUGAUCCAAACCCUUAUACCUGCAAACACUUAAAAACACACAAACACAUUUCCUUGGGACUUACCCUAACCUUAAACCAAGUCUUCACCCUAAAAUGUAAU